UUACACACAUAAACUUAUAACCCAACAAGAAGACCAAAAAUCAAAGCCAUGUUAUUGGAAAGCUUAAUACCUCUCUUUUGUGUCUUCUUAAUAAUCUCCUUUUGCUCAAACAUCAAUUGCCACAUAUUAUCCCAUAACAAUCAUCAUAACAACCACCACUCACCUUCUCCUUUGUUCAUUUUUGGGGACUCCAUUUUAGAUGUUGGCAAUAACAACUACAUCAAUACCACUACUCUUGACCAAGCUAAUUUUUGGCCUUAUGGCAUCACUUUCUUCCACUUCCCCACCGGUCGUUUCUCCGAUGGCCGUCUCAUCUCCGACUUUAUUGCGGAGCACGCCGGACUUCCAUUGAUUCAGGCGUACCUUCAGCCUGGAAAACAUGGGUUCUAUGAUGGAGUCAACUUUGCAUCUGCCGGAGGUGGUGCUCUUGUUGAGACUUUUCAAGGUUCGGUAAUUGACCUUCAUAUGCAGCUAAAAAGCUACAAGAAGGUGAAAAAAUGGCUAAUAAAAGAACAUGGAUAUGUAAAAGCAAGGAAGAGGUUGAAAAGGGGUGUAUAUUUGUUUAGCAUUGGCAUAAACGAUUACAUGAGCCUUUUCGUGACAAAUUCCUCUAAAUUUCUCACUUCCUACACCAAACCUCAUUAUGUUAAUAUGGUCAUUAACAACAUCACUUCCGUGGUCAAGGAAAUAUACGAGAGCGGUGGGAGAAAAUUUGGGUUUCUAAACGUGCCACCAGUUGGGUGUCUACCUGCCCUUAGAAGCAUAAAUCCAGAAAGGAAUGGUGAAUGCUAUAAACAAGUUUCAAGUUACAUAAGAUUGCAUAACAAUGCCAUUUUCCAUGUCUUACAAGACCUAACAAUAAAUUUACCAGGGUUCAAAUAUGCUCUUUAUGAUUUUCAUACUAGUACCUUGCAAAGACUCAAGCACCCCUCAAAAUUUGGGUACAAGGAGGGGAAGACAGCAUGUUGUGGGACAGGCCAAUUCCGUGGGAUAUUCAGCUGCGGAGGAAAAAGGGUUGUACAAGAAUUUGAGUUGUGCAACAAUAUAAAUGACCAUCUUUUUUGGGAUUCUUUCCAUUUCACUGAAAAUGCUUACAAACAAAUUGCACAAGAAAUGUGGAGCAACAAAAACUAUGUUCAUCAUACUCAUCAUCUUUCUUAUACCAUCAAGGAUCUUUUCCACUUACCAUGAUUCCUAUUAUUUCUAAUUUUUAGUUCCAAUACGAAUUCGAUAUGUUUUUCCAUUUUUUUACGGUUUAUAAAGAUAAUUGUAUGUAUUAGUUGCAAUAACAAAUCGUAAAAAUAUUAUCUUUGUUUCUUUUUAAAAGCUAUGUUUAUGCAAGAGCUUUUAAAAAAAGUGUAGCUAUUAAAAAGAAACAAAAUUUGAGACUUGGGAGAAUACAAACAUUUAUUUACUCAUGUAAGUCCUACUUAUACAAAAUACAUUUUAAGUUGAUGUUAUUGAAAUUUAGUUGUAUAUUAUAAUUU